AUGCAGUGGACAGAUCAUCCCCCUAACACAACACUGGAUGUUUCUUAGCAGAGAUCUGUGGAAACAAUGAGAGUUCAAUUCAAGGCUAAUGCCAUUUGCACUCUUUUCCUUGUGGUUGCCCUUUUCACUAUGCUCUAUUCCCAGCUGGGCCACACUUCACUUCGAGAAGAGGUGCAAGGCCAGAAACAGCCUUUAGCAGCGACUCAUCGGGGCUCCCAUGUCCCCAUCGUCCUCCGGAAACCGCCUGCAGAGGAGCCUCAAAUUAUCUCUGCAGUGAACCUUGUCAAGGAGGGAAGCCAAGAGGCCCAGGUCACCACUCCGCCACCCUUCACACCGCCAGCUUUUGACUUUAAGCAUUAUCUUAGGAACAAAGACAACAGGAAGUUUGACCUUCUCAUUAACCAGCCGAAGAAGUGCAAGAGAACUCCGGGGGGGCCCUUCUUGCUGAUCGCCAUCAAGUCGCUGGCAGAGGACUUUGACCGCCGGGAGAUUGUACGGAAAACUUGGGGAAGAGAAGGUCCAGUAAACGGAGCAGAGGUGCAACGGGUUUUCCUCCUGGGGGUCCCAAAGAACAAGACGGCCCUGCCAGCAUGGGAGAGCCUCGUUCACCAGGAGAGUCAGAUGUAUCGGGACAUCUUGUUAUGGGACUUCCUCGACACGUUCUUCAACUUGACCUUGAAAGAGAUCCAUUUCCUAAGCUGGGCGGAUGAGUUUUGUUCCAGCAGCAAGUUCAUAUUCAAAGGCGACAUCGAUGUUUUUGUCAACGUGGAAAACAUCAUCAACUUCCUUGACAGCCGCGAUCCUUCCGAGGACCUCUUUGUCGGGGACAUCAUCUACAACGCACACCCGAUCCGGGUCCGCAAGAGCAAAUACUACAUCCCCGAGACAAUGUACGGGCUCAGCAUGUACCCAGCCUAUGCAGGGGGUGGCGGGUUCUUACUCUCCAGCAGCACCAUGAAGAAGCUCUCCCAGGCCUGCGGGGAGGUGGAACUCUUUCCUAUUGAUGACGUCUUCCUAGGCAUGUGCUUGCAACGAAUCAACCUGAAGCCCGUCUUGCACGAAGGGUUCAAGACUUUUGGAAUAACCAAGCCCUCUGCUGCCCCAAACUUGCAGACCUUUGAUCCUUGUUUUUACAAAGAUCUCAUGGUAGUCCACAGCUUGAAGGUAGCUGAGGUCUGGCUCAUGUGGAACCUGUUGCACAAUCCACGGCUCUCUUGCACCCAAAAGAAGCAAGUAAGGAAGGCUUUCCGGUGGAAAACGAAAACAAAACUGACGACAAAGGGUUAUGCUACCUAAGGGGCUGGCUUAUACAGUCAUUCAGUGCUGAGUUGACUUGCAAAGAAUGAACGAGUAUUACACAAGUCCUAGACUCACAGACAGAUCUUGCACAUCACCCAACAUCACCUAAGCUACUAUAGGUUUAAAAUAGAGGUAUCAAGUGAUGGACAUGCUUGUUUAAGCCAAUCGUAAUUUCUGCAAUUAUGCGGGUGGGAAAAAUAGAUGGGAUGGAAUCCAAUGUGGGACUGUGCAUACCCCUCCAAUCUGAUCCGGGACCCGGUCUGGCACUUUGGAUCAGCCCUGAUUUGGUCCACGAUGAUCCAGGGCUGACCCUGACCCAGAUCUGGGCCCUGUAUCCAUUUGGGGGCCAGCCCAAAUGUUUAAUAAGGGUUUUAAACAUGCAGUGGGUCCUUCUCCUUGCUCCUGACUGCAUGUUUGAUCAAGGAUUUAAAUCCUAGGGAAACAUGCGGUUGGAAGGGACGGAAGGAGAAGGAGAUGCUGCAUUCAAUCCUGCUGGGUGCUGUGUUCCUUGUGGGGAAUGUGCUGGUAAGCAAAUCCCUGCAGAGAACAGGACUGAACCCUCUGCUUUACAGCUGAUGAGCAGAGGGCUCAAUCCUGCUGGGUGCCGCUUUGCCAGAGGAUUCCCUGCAAGGAAGUGCUGGUGAAGUACCUCCUGCAGACCCCAGCUGCCUCUCCUCCUCUCUCCCUCCCCACACUGCUUGACUGCCCCACCUUUUGACAGCUCCAGAUUGCUUCGGAUGGGCCAGCUCCAGUGUUGCAAGGCCAAUCGGAUGUAAAUGCCCUUAGAAAAUAAGAGCUGGUUUAUACAGACAUCCACUCAUUAUCGCUCACACAAACCUUUCUCUGUUACAAGAACAAUCUCAAACGCUCUGCUUAGAUGUUCAAUUUUUGUGGUUUCAAUACAAUAUGCAAAUCAGAUGGCUCUGACUCUGUCUUUGAUUGUGUAUUCUGCUCUGUUUGCAAACAUAACAAAAACAAUCUUAUCUCUUAGCCCAACAAGGUGCAUAUGACUCACCACCUUUAAAACAAAACAUAGGAAGAGAUUAUCUUAAAAGAGUCCACAAUUCUACCAGAUUUAAAAUAGCAGUUUGAGACUGGGUGGGAAGAUCUAAAGCUCAAAGAAGCUCAGGCAGUUCAGGGGUUCAGUGUGUGAAAUGGAAGGGCAAGAGUGUGCAAUUUUAGGAGAGGAACUUUCAAAGCAGCAGAGGGCAGAUGUAAAAGGAUAGCAAUGCCGCAUCUAAACAGAGCAAGAUAAUUCGUGGGCAAAGCUGUGGAGGUGCCGCUUGUAUCAGCCAAGCCAGCUUUGCUCGUUAAAGAAGGCAGAGUGAGAGAGCUGCAUGAGGCUCCCCAAGCAAAGCAACAGCAAAAUGUUUUAAGAAAGUAAGAGCCUGCUGGAUCAGGCCAAUGGUCCAUCUAGUCCAGCCAACCAGAUGCCCAUGGGAAGCCCGCAAGCAGGACCUGCGUGAAACAGCCACACUCCCCCUCCAGCGGUUUCUAGCAACUGGUACUCAGAGGCAUCCAAGUUGGUGGCCAUCACUGCCUCCUGUGGGAGCGAAUUCCAUAGUUUAACUACGUGCUGUGUGAAGAGGCACUUUCUUUUGACUGUCCUGAAUCUUCCAACGUUCAGCUUCAUUUGAUGCCCACAAGUUCUAGUGUUGAGAGGGAGAAAAAUUAUAUCCGCAUUCUCCAUGCCAUGCACAGAUGUUGUGUGCUUAUAUCAUGCCACCUCUUACUUGACUUUUCUCUAAACAGCCCCAAAUGUCACAACCUUUCCUUACAAGGGAGUUGCUCUAUCCCCUUGAUCAUUUUGGUUGCUCUUUGCUGAACCUUUUCCAGCUCUACAGUAUCUUUUUUUGAGGUGAGGCAACCAGAACUAUACACGGUAUUCCAAAUACAGUCACACCAUAGAUUUGUAUAACGGCAUUAUGAUAUUGGCAGGUUUUCCUUAAAUUCCAUUCCUAAUGAUCCCUAUCACAGAGUUUGCCUUUUUCAUAGCUGCUGUGCAUUGGGUUGACAUCUUCAUCGAAACAUCCACUACCACCCAAAGGUUUUGCUCCUGAUCAUUCAACGCCAGACCGUGCUUUAUUAAACUAACCCAUUAACCUUUUUGCUUCUUGGAAAGAUUAGGUGCUUUCAGUUUUCCCUGAUGAAAGGAGCAAAAGCUUUUCAGCAUACCUUGAUAUUUUUGCAAAAAGAACCAAGGCUGUGUGACAUCUAAACAGUGGUGGAGAACCUCCGGUCCAUGGGUCUUACUUAGGCCUGCCAAACUUGCCCAUUUGGCUUGCAAACAUGGUUUGACCCAAACCAUGCCCAGUUUAAAAUUGUGCCACAAAGCCAGCUCAGUUGUGACUUGCAUAACAUUAUGUAAAACUAAACAAUUAAGAGGACAGAGCAACCUUGUCUACUGGUCAUUACACGGACUUGGUAACUUUAAGAACAGGUCCCUGACUUUACCUGUUUAUUUCUUCCCUCUCCAUCCAUUUUCCCUUUUAUGUCAUAUCUUUUAGAUUGCAAACUUGUGGGC